AUUUUCAAUAUGCUUAAGCCCGUCUUAAAGAGCGUGGUUUUGUUGUUCAUUGUUCAACUUGCCUUUUGCUCUGUUUCAAAUUCAGAUGCUCAGCAAUCAGAGAUGUCCUCUGCUCCAUCUUUACAAGAAGAUGAAGAUACUGAGUGCUUGCAACAAAUCAGAAAUCUUCUCAGUCCAGGAUACAUUAAAGAGCUUCUUCAGGUUUAUAUGAAUUCUGGGAAAGGAAUCAAUCAGCUCGGAAACCAAUAUCAGUGCGAAACAAAGGACAAUAAUUUAGAACACGUCACUUUACAAAUCUAUGAGUCUAACUCCGGAUUUACUAUUUUCGGGUUUGGGAUGUGUAGUCCAAAGGAGUGAAAUACCCCUGAGAGCUUCUCGACCUUAACUGCUUUUAUCGACAAGCAGUUCAGAGCUGCUGAUCCAGAUAGUACCUUGAAGGCUAGAAUGGUAAAUCCCAAACUACAUAGUACAAGUCUUAGUGCUGGAGCUGUUAUCAUGAUCCUCAUCAUUGCCUUCCUAGUAUUACUCUGGAUCGCAGGCAUCAUUGUUGCCUAUACUAAGAUUGGAGAUAAGUUCUGCGAGUCUAGGGAAGAAACUAAGAUCUAUGAGAGAAAGAGCAAGUGGGCUCUUGCUCUUUACUCUUUCAAUCCUUUCUCCAACCUGAACAAGAUAGUUACUGUUGAUACUGAAGGAGACAAAACUUUGUGGGUGCUGAAUGGAGUCAGAGUUUUCAGUAUGGCUUGGGUUAUCAUUGGUCAUUCGUUCUCUUUUAUUAUUACUACUGCUAUUUCAAACUUCCAAUCUCUAGAUCUAAUGUUUGAUACAUUCCAGUUUGGAAUCAUUGGAGGAGGAACAUUUGCUGUUGAUUCCUUCUUCUGGCUCUCUGGAUUCUUAACUUUCUACAUCAUCACAUCCAAAAUGUAUGCAAAGAAAGAACUCAAAAGUGUUGGAGGCUUUAUAAUGCUCUAUGUUCACAGAUUCUUGAGACUAAUAUUCCCACUUGCAUUUAUCCAAUUCUUUGGGAUGUUCUUGAUGAGAUACUUUGGAAGCGGCCCAUUUUAUUGGCAAGCAUGGAAUUUUAUGAAUCAGAACUGUAGUACUUACUGGUGGAGCAAUCUUGUGUUUAUCAAUAACUUUGUACCAUGGAGUGCACAAAGUGCUUGUAUGGGCUGGUUUUGGUACCUUGCAAAUGAUUUUCAGUUCUUUGCAGUUUCACCCUUCAUUAUUAUGGCAUACUGUUACAAUAGAAAAAUGGCUUAUAUCAUUUGUUUCAUCUUAGUAAUCAUUUCGAUGGGACUCAACGGAGUUAUCACUGCAAUCCAUAAUGUUAACCCAAUGACUCAGGCAAGGGACUAUGAUGCAUUUAGCUUGAUGUAUACCAAGCCUUGGACCAGAAUGGGCCCAUACUUCCUAGGGGCUGUUUUUGGGUUCUCAUACUUUGAGCUCACAAUGAGAGAAGUAUACAUUGAUCUUGGUUAUACAACCUUCAACAAGCUCUACUCUUACUUGAGGGACUCUAGAGCUACCUCAUUAGCUUUAGCUUUUAUUGGAGUGGCUAUCACUGCUAUUUUCUGUUUCCCUCUCGGCUCAUAUUUUAAUGAAUGUGGAAAUAUGUUUGACACAUCAUUGCCUUCAAAUUGCUGGGGUUACUUCCCAUCUGUUCUGUUCAAUACUCUUUCUAGAGUCAGCUUUGUGUUUGGACUUAGUCUCCUGUUAUUACCCACAUUUGUGAACAGACUCAGAAUUAUUAGAGGGUUGCUUUGUAAUGAACUGUUUGUUGUGCUUGCUCGUUUGUCCUAUAUUGCUUAUCUAUUGCAUCCUAUUGUGAUAUUCUGGAACUACUUUGAUGCUAAACAAGGAGUAUACGCCAGCACACAUGAUUUGUGGUUCUUCGGUAUUGGGUCGGUGAUUGUCACUUACUUGUUAACCAUUCCAUUCACUCUGCUAUGUGAAGCUCCUUUCAUGAAUCUCGAGAAGUAUCUUUUAAUGCCGUUCAAGAAGAAGCAACAAGCUACAAAGGAUUCUUUCAAUUAUAUUGGAGAAUCCCAGUUGAUUCAGAAUGAGACAGCCGAUGGAGAUGAAGAAGAGCCCACUCUUGUUUUGAAAAAGUUUGACUAAUUCUUUGUUGUCAAUGAGCUGGCA